UGAGAAUGUUGCAAAAAUAUUUUCCAAACUAUAUAAAGAACUCUUGAUUUUUUAAAUAUUUUAAAAAUGCUAAAAUCAAGCUCUUCAUUAUCACCAAUUUUAUCCUUUAUUACAAUUUUUGACGACACUGUCUUAUUUUGUUAUGUUAUUUCAACAUUAAACCAAGGAAAAGACAACUUUGUGUUCUAUGCAGCUUCAACUUGAAAUUAUACAUACAUUCUUUAAAAAUAUUUUUGAAUUUUGGUUCUAAAAUCACCCAGGGGAGUGAUAGGAAUUUUUAAUAUGAGUUUUUAUAUGUUAAUCACUUUCAUUACAUAUGUACCAUUUUUUCUGUUGAUUAGGCAUAUAUCCAAAAUUUAAAUUAAUAAAUGAAUUUUCUGUCAAAGAUUUUUCCCACAAGUUUCUUCUCCAAAAACUAGGCAAUGCAAAUUACAUAUCCCUUUUUUUAAUUAAUUACUUUUUUAAAUAAACUUUUUUUUUUAUUGCAGUAACAUUGGAUUAUAACAUUAAAUUACAUAUCCUUAUGAAACCUAUUGUUUGGAAAACCUUUGUGCCAUUUUCAAACCCAAUAUUAUUUCAAAAUAUUAUUGGAACCAAAAAUCGAACCAUGCCUUGCAGUAUAUUGUUUAAAGUAUUUAAGUAAGAGAGAUAUCUUCAGUUAUCUAAGUUUUUCAAAUGUGCCAUUUAACUUUAUUUCAAGAGAAAUUUUUUAAGAGAAUUCUUUAUGAAAAUUGAGACAACUUGAAUCUAGUCCUUUGUCUUUUCAAAAUUGAAUAUUUUCACAGUAAUGCUAGUGAUUAGGCAAAGUGUCAGAAGUGGAUUGUUGAAAUAUUAAUAGUGUAAUACUAUAUUUAUAUAUAGAAAUAGCAGUGAAUUGCCUUGUUUACUUGCAACUGUUUUAAUAUACUGUUUAUUUGAAUAAUAACCAGUAUUAUAUAAAAUGCAUGAAUUUUUUUGCAUUUUGUAACUUUAUUACUUUGGAUGAAAUAUCUAAAUGCUAGCACUUACACUGAUAUUUUAAUCUAUAUCUUUCUUCUGGAAUAUUAUUAGUAAAUUUUGAGGAUGUAGAACUGUUGACCCAGUCAUACAUGUACAGAGCUUGGCCUCUGAGUUAAUUAAAUAUGAGUUAAUAAUAUAUUAUAAGGAAAUUAUUGUCCUUAUUACAGUUAUUAGGUAGUUACUCAAAUUAUAGCUUCAAAGGAAUGCAGAGCAUGGAAAACUCAGGAUUAAAUUAUGCAUUUGAACCUUAGGCCAGCUUUUACUGUAGAGACAGUUUUCUGCUAAGAGAGAAAUUGUAUGUCAUUGAAAUUAAAUGCUUUUCUGGGGAUGGAAGGUUCCAGUUUUUAAUGAAAUUACUGAGUGUGGUGUAGUGAAAUGAUUAAAAUCUGUAUUCCGGGAAUGUGGCAGGGGAGAAAAAUCAAUAAGUGCUAGCACAGCUUUGCUGCUCAAUGUGAAUCCUGAGAAUGAAAUAAACUACUACAAAAAUAAUAAUUAAAAACAUAUCAGCACAUUAAUUUAUUUAGCAUCAGUCUCCUGAGACAUCAUCUUCACUAAUUUUUAGCAUACAUUUUACUAUGUAAUGAGCAGCCUUCUUUUCAGAUACCCCUAUUAGACAGGCAGUAUUUCUGCCCUUCCCCCAGUGCUCCUGCAUUGCAAUCAUUGUACUUGCACUUAUUAUGUUACAAAUGACCGAGGUAAGGCUGACAUUCUCAGUGCAUGCAAAAAGACCUAGUCUGCCAAGCUUUUUUUUUCCUAAUGAAGCAGCUUUGUGAAAUCUCCCCAUGUGUUAAUACUAAUGAAGAUCCUCCAGCACAAUUAAAAUCACAGCCUGUAGCUGAAGAGGAAACAUAAAACAAUAGCAUCUUUUAAGAUACAUUUAUCCACAUAUGUAUGUACAAAAUACACAUACAUGGUCAAAUUAUUCUUCUAUAGCUUGCUUUUCACUUGCUCUUCAUCCUGAAAAUUAAAUUAUGCAAUUUUUAAUUAUAUGAACUUUGAGACUUUAAUGUGUUCUGGGGGGAAAAACAAACUCAAUGAAAAAAUUUUAAAUUAUAUAUGUUUUUGGAUAAUAAAGUGUUACUAAGCUGAGGCUUUUUUCUUUUUUAAUCAUUUUUAGAAAGCUAUGGGGUAGUGUGUGGAAGGAGGUAAUGGGUGUACUUUACCUUUAGUUUAACUUGGUUUCAGGAUCUUGGAAUUGGGGGGAAAAGGUGUAAAAAACAGAAAGUUGGGAGAGAUUCAAAAGGUAGACAAAUAGCAUACCUCGUGUGUAGUUUAAAGACGGAGCAAUGGGCUACCAGUCUUAACGUGAUUUUUAAAAAAUGCAAUUCCACAAUUAGCUAUCUUUUUUUUGACCUUUCAGAAAUUGGGGAGGAAAACUACUGAUAUUACCUUUUACAAUUUUAACUUAUAGCUUUAAAACAAUUUACUAUUUAAACGUGUUUUAUUUAAAUUUUAACUCAGUGCAUAAAUAUUACAGCCAGCUUAACUUGUCCGUGUUAGGGCAGUAGCUUUUUAUCCCGGGACCAUCUUGCGUCCUGCUUUUUAUUUUGAGUUCCAAACAUCCACGAAUUUUUGGCAUAUUAAUUUAGUUGGCUUGUAGACUUCAACCGAAUUCUGAAUUUACGGAUAAAAAAGUUUAGGUGGAAAUGGUUAAUCUGAUGCUCCCUGUUCUCCAGUUUACCUUUUUUAAAAAUUAGGUUUUCAAUCCUAUUUUCUGUCCCUUCUGCUUCUACGAGCAAAACAAAACAUUUAAGUUUCUUAACUUUUUCCUGGGACAAGGGACGAUGCAAACUCAAAGCUACAGUAUUCUUGGAAGGAAGAAGCAACCCCCUCCCUCCCUUGGCUCCUUUAGGAGCUGAUAGGUCAUUUAUUAUUGGAACUGAAAUGGUAUAAACAAUUCUCUCUCUUUUUUCCCUUGUUAACAGCAACUUUCAUUGUUAGAGAGAGGAGAGAGAGAGAAGCCUUGUUGGUUGACGUCACUUGGUUCAUGAAGCCUUCGCCUAGAAGUGAAGCUGCUGAACAAACCUUGAGAAGAAUCAUCUCCUGCUUCAAUCUGCUGCUGGAUAGGAACUAAUCAGAGAGAGAGAGGCGGAAGACGGAGACGGAGGGAGGCAGGGGCUUUCCCGAUCACAAAUCUCACCUCCACUCCAACUCUCUUUAUACUUUUCUUGCAAAAAUAAUAAUAGAAAUAAGGAGGUGGUGGGGUUUCCAAAAACAAAAAUCGUAACCUUCAACCAUCUGGGGAAGACAAAAAUCCCAUCCACCGCAACUCAGUUCGAAAGUAAAGAUUUCUCAACAGUGAUGUCACAAGAUUGACCACAUUGAUCACAAUAUGGAGUCUGGAGAACGAUUACCAUCCUCAACAGCCUCCUCUACUACACCAACUUCAUCAUCUGUACCGUCUGUGGCUCCAUCAGUUUCAAAAGGCGGCCUUUCCACUGGAGCUGCUUCACUUAGCUCUACAAUCAACCCAUGUGGACAUUUAUUCAGAGCAGCUGGGGAUCAACCGUUUAACCUGUCCACAGUGUCGAGUGCCUUCCCAAUGGUCAGCCACCCAGUCUUUGGUCUACAUUCAGCCAGCUCAGGGCAUUCAGAAUUUGGUGGUUUGGGGACACUUGGUACACCCACAGCCUUAGCCGCACAUCCCCAACUAGCAUCUUUUCCAGGUGCAGAAUGGUGGCGAACAACAGAUGUUCAUACUCGUACAGGGGCAACCUUCUUUCCACCAUUACUGGGAAUUCCACCACUGUUUGCUCCUCCAGCCCAGAAUCAUGAUUCUUCUUCAUUCCAUUCAAGGACUUCAGGAAAAAGUAAUCGAAAUGGUCCUGAGAAAGGUGUAAAUGGGUCAAUUAAUGGAAACAGUACAUCAUCUGUAUCUGGUAUCAACACAUCUGUACUAUCCACUACUGCUUCAAGUUCCGUGGGACAAACUAAAAGUAUAAACUCAGGUGGAGGAAAUCGGAAGUGUAAUCAGGAACAAAACAAAAACCAGCCUUUGGAUGCUAGAGCUGAGAAAAUCAAAGAUAAGAAACCAAGGAAGAAAGCUAUGGAAAGUUCUAGCAACAGUGAUAGUGAUUCAGGCACAUCAUCAGACACCUCAAGUGAAGGCAUUAGUAGCAGUGAUUCAGAUGAUCUAGAGGAAGAUGAAGAAGAAGAUCAAAGUAUUGAAGAAAGCGAAGAUGAUGAUUCUGAUUCAGAGAGCGAAGCACAACAUAAAAGUAACAACCAGGUGCUAUUACAUGGUAUUUCAGACCCAAAAGUAGAUGGACAGAAAGCAACUGAAAAAGCCCAGGAAAAAAGAAUACACCAGCCAUUACCUCUUGUGUCUGAAUCCCAGACUCACUCGUCAUUCCAAUCCCAGCAGAAGCAGCCUCAGGUUUUGUCACAGCAGCUUCCAUUUAUUUUCCAAAGCUCUCAGGCAAAGGAGGAAUCUGUGAACAAACACACAAGUGUAAUACAGUCUACGGGAUUGGUGUCCAAUGUGAAACCUUUGUCUUUGGUAAAUCAAGCCAAAAAGGAAACCUAUAUGAAACUCAUAGUUCCUUCUCCUGAAGUACUUAAAGCAGGGAAUAAAAAUACCUCUGAAGAAUCUAGUCCUUUGACCAGUGAAUUGCGAUCCAAACGGGAACAAUACAAACAGACAUUCCCAGCACUGUUAAAGAAACAGGAGUCCUCUAAGAGCCUGAAGAAGGUUAUUGCAGCUUUGUCAAAUCCAAAAGCAACCUCUAGUUCACCAGCACAUCCAAAACAAACAUUAGAAAACAACCACCCUAAUCCAUUCUUGACAAAUGCACUUUUAGGUAAUCAUCAACCAAAUGGAGUUAUUCAAAGUGUCAUUCAAGAAGCUCCUCUAGCACUUACUACCAAAACUAAAAUGCAGAGUAAGAUUAAUGAAAACAUUGCUACUGCAUCCAGCACCCCUUUUUCCUCACCUGUAAAUUUGAGUACAAGUGGGAGAAGAACCCCUGGCAAUCAGACAACUGUAAUGCCCUCUGCGUCUCCCAUACUGCAUAGUCAAGGGAAGGAAAAAGCAGUUAGCAAUAAUGUAAACACAGUAAAAACACAGCAACACUCUCAUCUUCCAAAAUCUUUAGUGGAACAGUUUAGAGGAACAGAUUCAGACAUUCCCAGUAGUAAAGAUUCUGAAGAUUCAAAUGAGGAUGAAGAGGAAGAGGAUGAGGAAGAAGAUGAGGAAGAUGAUGAAGAUGAUGAAUCUGAUGAUAGCCAAUCAGAAUCAGAUAGUAAUUCAGAAUCAGAUACAGAAGGAUCAGAAGAAGAUGAUGAUGAUGAUAAAGACCAAGAUGAAUCAGAUAGUGAUACUGAAGGAGAGAAAACUUCAAUGAAAGUGAAUAAAACAACUUCCUCUGUCAAAAGCCCUUCCAUCAGUCUCACAGCUCACUCAACACCUCGUAACCUCCACAUAGCACAAGCCCCAGGCUCUGCUCCUGCUGCCUUAUGUUCUGAAUCCCAGUCACCUGCUUUUCUUGGCACACCUUCUUCCACACUUACUUCAAGUCCAAACUCUGGCAGUUCCAAAAGAAGAAGAGUAACAGAUGAGCGUGAACUGCGUCUUCCUUUGGAAUAUGGCUGGCAAAGAGAGACGAGAAUAAGAAACUUUGGAGGGCGCCUUCAAGGAGAAGUAGCAUAUUAUGCUCCAUGUGGAAAGAAACUUAGGCAGUACCCUGAAGUAAUAAAGUAUCUCAGCAGAAAUGGAAUAAUGGAUAUCUCAAGGGACAAUUUCAGCUUCAGUGCAAAAAUAAGAGUGGGUGACUUCUAUGAAGCCAGAGAUGGACCGCAGGGAACGCAGUGGUGUCUUCUGAAAGAAGAGGAUGUCAUUCCCCGUAUCAGGGCGAUGGAAGGUCGUAGAGGAAGACCACCAAAUCCAGAGAGACAGCGAGCAAGAGAGGAAUCCAGGAUGAGACGUCGGAAGGGUCGGCCUCCGAAUAUUGGCAGUGCUGAAUUUCUAGAUAACACAGAUGCCAAAUUGCUAAGAAAACUGCAAGCUCAAGAAAUAGCCAGGCAAGCAGCACAAAUAAAGCUUCUGAGAAAACUUCAAAAGCAGGAACAGGCUCGGGUUGCCAAAGAAGCUAAAAAACAGCAAGCAAUAAUGGCUGCUGAGGAGAAGCGAAAGCAAAAGGAACAGAUAAAGAUUAUGAAACAACAGGAAAAAAUUAAGAGAAUACAACAAAUCAGAAUGGAAAAAGAACUUCGAGCCCAGCAAAUUCUAGAGGCUAAAAAGAAAAAGAAGGAAGAAGCGGCAAAUGCCAAAUUAUUGGAGGCCGAGAAACGAAUAAAGGAAAAAGAAAUGAGAAGACAACAAGCUGUUCUUCUGAAGCAUCAGGAGUUGGAGAGGCAUAGACUAGAUAUGGUAUGGGAACGAGAGAGAAGGCGACAACAUAUGAUGCUUAUGAAAGCUAUAGAAGCUCGUAAAAAAGCAGAAGAAAAAGAACGAUUGAAGCAAGAAAAACGUGAUGAGAAAAGAUUAAAUAAAGAGCGUAAACUAGAGCAACGAAGACUAGAAUUAGAAAUGGCAAAGGAACUAAAGAAGCCUAAUGAAGACAUGUGCUUAGCAGACCAAAAGCCUUUGCCAGAGUUGCCUCGUAUUCCAGGACUUGGUCUCUCUGGAAGUACAUUUUCAGACUGUCUCAUGGUGGUGCAGUUCUUACGAAACUUUGGUAAAGUUUUGGGCUUUGAUGUGAAUAUUGAUGUUCCAAACCUGAGUGUUCUUCAAGAGGGAUUGCUAAAUAUAGGGGACAGCAUGGGUGAAGUGCAAGACUUGCUUGUGAGGCUCCUGUCAGCUGCUGUGUGUGAUCCAGGUCUAAUUACAGGAUACAAGGCCAAAACAUCUCUUGGAGAACAUUUGCUGAACGUUGGUGUGAAUAGAGACAAUGUUUCCGAGAUUUUGCAGAUUUUUAUGGAAGCCCACUGUGGACAAACUGAGCUUACGGAAAGCCUGAAGACUAAAGCUUUUCAGGCUCACACUCCAGCACAGAAAGCCUCAGUCCUGGCUUUCCUGAUCAAUGAACUGGCCUGCAGCAAGAGUGUGGUGAGUGAAAUAGACAAGAACAUUGAUUAUAUGUCAAACUUGAGGAGAGAUAAAUGGGUGGUAGAAGGUAAACUUCGCAAGCUCAGAAUCAUUCAUGCUAAGAAAACAGGCAAAAGAGACACUUCAGGUGGCGUUGAUCUUGGAGAAGAACAGCAUCCAUUGGGCACACCCACUCCAGGACGCAAGCGAAGAAGGAAGGGAGGAGACAGUGAUGAUGAUGAUGAUGAUGACGAUGACAGUGAUGACCAAGCUGAUGAGGAUGAGGAAGAUGAAGAAGAUAAAGAAGACAAAAAAGGAAAAAAGACUGAUAUCUGUGAAGAUGAGGAUGAAGGUGACCAAGCAGCAAGUGUUGAAGAGCUAGAAAAACAGAUUGAAAAACUGAGUAAACAACAGAGUCAGUACAGAAGGAAGCUCUUUGACGCUUCUCACUCUUUGCGUUCGAUGAUGUUUGGCCAGGAUCGUUACAGACGCCGGUACUGGAUCCUUCCUCAAUGUGGGGGGAUUUUUGUAGAAGGCAUGGAGAGUGGUGAAGGACUAGAAGAAAUUGCAAAAGAAAGAGAAAAACUAAAAAAGGCCGAAAGUAUCCAGAUCAAAGAAGAAAUAUUUGAGACUUCUGAGGAUACAAUAAAUUGUUCAAAUCCAGAUCAUUGUGAGCAAAAGGAAGAUCCUAAAGAAAAAGACAACACAAAUCUAUUUCUCCAGAAACCUGGCUCUUUUUCAAAAUUAAGCAAACUUUUAGAAGUAGCUAAGAUGCCUCCUGAGACAGAUGUAAUGACCCCCAAACCAAAUAGUAGUGCAAAUGGGUGCACACUGUCUUAUCAAAACAGUGGAAAACAUUCGUUGGGCAGUAUUCAGUCAACAGCAACACAAAGCAGCGUGGAAAAGACAGACUCCAAUAAUCUGUUCAACACUGGUUCAGGUGGUCCAGGGAAGUUCUACAGUCCUCUCCCCAACGACCAGUUGUUAAAAACGCUGACUGAAAAGAAUAAACAGUGGUUUAGUGUUUUGCCAAGAGCACCCUGUGAUGACACUUCGCUUGCCCACGCCGGUACGCCAACUGCUUCCUUGGUGACCCCUCAGUCCCAGCCGCCGUCUAAGUCCCCUUCGCCUGCCCCCGCUCCUCUUCCUGGACCCUCUUCUGCCCAGAAUCCUGUUGGCCUAAAUCCAUUUGCUUUAUCACCUCUUCAGAUGAAAAGCGGAGUAUCUAUGAUGGGACUCCAGUUUUGUGGAUGGCCCACUGGUGUGCUUACUUCCAAUAUUCCAUUUACAUCACCUUUACCCGGUCUGGGAUCAGGGUUGGGACUAUCAGAAGGAAAUGGUAAUUCAUUCUUGACUCCCAAUGUUGCUUCAAAUAAAAGUGAAUCUCCAGUACCACAGAGUGAAAAAGUCUCUUCAACUCAACCUGCAGCUGUUGAAGUAGCAAAACCGGUAGAUUUUCCUAGUCCAAAACCUAUUCCAGAAGAAAUGCAGUUUGGUUGGUGGAGAAUUAUUGACCCAGAGGACCUAAAAGCUUUGCUCAAAGUGCUACAUCUCAGAGGAAUAAGAGAAAAGGCAUUACAAAAACAAAUUCAGAAACACUUGGAUUAUAUUACUCAAGCCUGCAUCAAGAAUAAGGAUGUUGCUAUUAUUGAAUUAAAUGAAAAUGAAGAAAACCAGGUAACUCGAGAUAUUGUGGAGAACUGGUCAGUGGAAGAACAAGCAAUGGACAUGGAUUUGAGUGUUCUUCAACAGGUAGAAGAUCUAGAAAGGAGGGUUGCAUCAGCAAGUUUGCAAGUAAAGGGUUGGAUGUGUCCAGAGCCUGCAUCAGAAAGGGAGGACUUGGUAUAUUUUGAACAUAAGUCAUUUUCUAAAUUGUGCAAGGAGCAUGAUGGAGAAUUUACUGGCGAAGAAGAAAGCAGUGCACAUGCACUAGAACGGAAGAGUGACAACCCCCUAGAUAUAGCUGUAACCAGGCUGGCUGAUUUGGAGCGGAACAUUGAAAGAAGGUAUCUGAAGAGCCCCUUAAGUACCACCAUUCAGAUCAAACUGGAUAAUGUGGGCACAGUUACUGUCCCUGCUCCUGCACCAUCCAUUAGUGGUGAUGGUGACGGAAUUGAAGAGGAUAUUGCUCCAGGGCUCAGGGUAUGGAGAAGGGCAUUAUCAGAAGCUCGCAGUGCUGCACAGGUAGCUCUGUGCAUUCAGCAGUUACAGAAAUCAAUAGCAUGGGAAAAAUCAAUUAUGAAAGUUUAUUGCCAGAUCUGUCGAAAGGGAGAUAAUGAAGAACUGCUCCUCCUUUGUGAUGGCUGUGACAAAGGCUGUCAUACAUACUGCCAUAGACCCAAGAUUACGACUAUACCAGAUGGGGACUGGUUUUGUCCAGCUUGCAUUGCUAAGGCAAGUGGUCAAACUCUAAAAAUCAAAAAACUUCAUGUCAAAGGAAAAAAGACUAAUGAAUCAAAGAAAGGCAAGAAAGUGUCUUUAACAGGGGAUACUGAAGAUGAAGACUCUGCAUCUACAAGUAGCUCACUAAAAAGAGGAAACAAAGACUUGAAAAAAAGAAAAAUGGAGGAAAACACUUCUAUUAAUUUGUCAAAACAAGAAAGUUUUACUUCUAUUAAGAAACCUAAAAGAGAUGAUGCCAAGGACCUAGCUCUUUGCAGUAUGAUCCUUACUGAAAUGGAAACUCAUGAGGAUGCAUGGCCUUUUCUACUUCCUGUAAACUUGAAACUUGUUCCUGGUUAUAAGAAAGUUAUUAAGAAGCCUAUGGAUUUUUCCACAAUUAGAGAGAAAUUAAGUAGUGGACAGUAUCCGAACCUUGAAGCCUUUGCUCUCGAUGUCAGGCUUGUUUUUGACAACUGUGAAACAUUUAAUGAGGAUGAUUCUGAUAUAGGUAGAGCUGGCCACAGUAUGAGGAAGUAUUUUGAAAAGAAGUGGACAGAUACCUUCAAAGUGAGCUGAAGUUAUAAGAAUCUUUUCUUUUUCCUUUCAAACAAGGACACAUGAGACCAGCAAUGUGAACUGUAUUUACAUAAAUGUGCAAGGCACAUUCAUAAUGACUUUUUUUCCUUAAAAUAAGUAUCACAAAAAAAAGUAUCAGAAGAAUGAUACCAUUUUUAAAGGCUUCACUCCUACAACAACCAAGGCCCUUGGUUAUUGGUUUGUGUGAUUUGUCAGCUAAUUUAGGUAGAACAGGGAAGCACACCCAAAGAAUUUUCAAAGGAAAGGGUGUUAUAGUGCAAUAGCAAUUAAAAUAUAUCAAAUCGCACUGAAUAUUCAACACCAGAGCUCUAACAUGGGAAACGGUUCUCCUUUCCCUCUCAAUAAAUGUCUAUUUUUCAUUUUUUUACUUUGUAGUUUAUUUUUUAGUGAAUGUAUUUAAUUUUAUGAAUUAUUUAUGAUUAAACCACAUCCAGAAUCUUCGUUUUCUGUGAAAAGGAAGAACUAGAAAAUUGCUUUAAAUCUUGAAACUACAACAAGGAAUGUUUUAAAGUAUAAAACAAAGCCAAGUGAAACUGUUUACACUGAUGUGCUAUAAAGGCACCAAAAAUAAACUAUACUGUAGAGUUACAAGUACAUUUAUAUAUGUAUAUGUUGCUGCAUCACUUGUGUAGUUAAAUUGUAUUUCAAGACAGUGAAGAAAAAUUGACAUGUAUAUACUGUUCAUUAUUGUUUAUAUUAAGUCUUGUUUUAAAUAUGUAUUAUGUGUAUAUAUUGUUUGCAGACAUUAUUGUUUAUGCCUUAGAAGGACUGUAGCAUUUUAUUUUAGUCUGAAGGUAAUUAUAGCUCUACAGCUUGUACAGUAAUUAUCCUCUACCAACACUGUGGCGUCUCCUUGAUCUUGGUAGUGCCUGCCUUUGAAACAGGGUGUAGGGGAUAUUAGUUUUCCAUUUUUCUAUUUUGUUAUAUAAUUUUAAGCCACCAGGCCUAAAUUAAAGUAUAAUCAUUUGUAUCCAUGUGGAAUAAAAUUGUGACAAUUUCCUACGCACACAGUAUUUUUUCAUAAAAACAUUUCCCUCCCAUUUGCCUUGCCUCAGAAAUAAAUUUAAAAGACAUUUGUAACCACUGUGUUUUAUCUACUGUGUGUUGUGGUGGCCUGUUGGAGGCAAAUAGAUCAGAAUUUUUUUUGUACCUAUGUAAGAGUACUUGAAGUUUUAUUUAAAAUAAAAUGUUGUGGAAAAGGUAGCAUUCUUUUUUUUAGGAGUGUUAUUUUUCACUACUAUGUGUGGCACGGAUACAAUAAAAGACUUUUACAAACUAGUUUUUAGUUUUUCUUAAUGAACCUGAAAAUAUAUUCUUUUCAAAAAGGCAGUUAAAUUAAAUUUUAUUUUUACAGAAUUAUAAAGGAAGAGCAGCAGAAUGUGCUUCAAAGAACAUUAGUCUGAGAGGGCUUAAGUCAAGUAGUGUGACUCUCAUGAGUCUCUGAACCUCUCUGGACCGCAUUUUGUUGUUUUUUCUUUCACAUUUUCCUAUUGAAAACGUUAGAAUACAUUUUUAAGGUCUUGCUCUGUUAGGAGAAAUGUCUCCAUUGGUAGACGUAUAACCCACUUAUCAAUAAGAAAAACUGGCCAGAUAAAUUAGUCUGCUAAGUCUUGAGAUACAAAUUCAGGCAUUCAUGAACUGUGAUUUGAUGCCCUGCUGAGCUCUGAGCAAUCGCUGAUGAACAAGACGAGCACAGGCCCUGCCUUCAUGGAGCUUACACCUAGUGGAGACGCGGUCCUUAGAUAGUGUUGCUAGAAAAUGGCCUUUAAGAGUGAAAGGAGAAGAGAAAAGUUUUGAAGAAAACAUUCCUAACUUUAAAAUGCUUGGAAGCCACAGAGUAUUUUCCAAAAUCCCUAGAUUGUGAAGACUUAGAUGAAAAUCAGCUGUUAUUGUGUAAAUAUGUCAGUUUUUGUUAAUCAAAUACUGCAGUGAUGCCUUAAGGGGCUGGUGCUUAAUCAAAAAUACCAUGUGGAGCGAGGAGCACGGUGAUGCUGGGAGUAGUGUGUGGUUUUCUGUUUAUGGAACUGCCAGAUGCUCCCCGGGGCCUCUUCUUCAUGGGGGUUUGCGACCUUAGGGAUGAUACAUGCUUAUGUUAAUUUACAUUAGAUGGUGUAUAAGUGGCUUAUACGAUAAUAACAUGUCUGCUGUCUGAGGAGCUCAUAAAUAAGAAAUAAAAUACACACAGAAAAGAGCAA